AGUAAAAUGAAGGUUCUAGAGUGAAGGUUUAUUUAUUUCUUCACCUUCUUCGUCAUGGGUAUAGGUGGUACUUUUUUAAUUAAAUAAAAAAUGCUGCUCUCUGAGUCACAAGUGUUUAGUAUUAAGUCAAAAAUAAAAAUAAUUUGUGUUCUUAAUUAAACAAUUAAGCCUUAAAAGGCCUUGUAACAAGUGAAAUACAUCACCAUGUCACCAUUUUUAACUUGUUAACUAAAAGUAUUGUAACACUCACUGUAACAUAAAUAAGAAUUAACAAACAUCUAAGUCCAAACGCAAAAUUCCAUUUCUCAUACCUUUAAUCCCAACCCUAACAACAACAACAACAAAAAAAAAAUAAAAAAAUCAGGGGCUUCUCCACCACCUCAAAAUUAUCUGCUGAAUAUUUGAUGUGUCUCCCCAUGUUCUUCCUCUGUUCCCAUCCCAAAUUCUGCAUCAGUCUGUUGAGGAAUCCUGACCUGCAGCAAGUGGCACUGAUCUGUCCAGCUCUUUGCAGUGAGAAUGGCCUAACACAGCACACAGCAGCGCUCUCCUCCAGCAGGAUGUUCCGGCUGCGGUUCCUGCCCGUGGCCGCGGGGCUGGCGGCGGUGUCGCGGCGUUACCGUGGGACAUCCCAGCGCCCCGGCACCCGGCGUAGGCUCGUGGUGACGGCUUUCCUCGGGACCACUGCGGCCACGGCAAGCGCCAGAUUCCUUUGGCAGAGGGCCUACGCAGAAGACUCUGUCAGACACGGCCCGAGGGCAGAGCCAGGGGAGAAGGUGAAGCACGAGGAUGAGGAAGAGAGCAGCAGCAGGCGGGCAGUGGCCUCGGGCGAUGAGGAGGCGCCGCAGGAAGGGAAGAAGAAGAAACGUUCCGGGUUCAGGGACCGCAAGGUGAUGGAAUAUGAGAACAGGAUCAGAGCCUACUCCACACCAGACAAAAUCUUCAGAUACUUUGCCACGCUGAAGGUCAUCAACGAGCAUGGCGAGUCAGAGGUUUUCAUGACCCCGCAGGAUUUUGUGAGAUCCAUCACCCCCAACGAGAAACAGCCAGAGAACCUGGGCCUGGACCAAUUUAUAGUGAAACGCUACGAUGGGAAGGAUUUCUGGCAGACAGAGAAGCUGUCCCAGGAGAGGGAGAAGUUUGCUGACGAGGACAGCAUUUUCUAUGCGCUUGGAGAAUGUGGACUCAUCUCUUUUUCUGACUACAUCUUCCUCACCACGGUCCUUUCCACUCCCCAGAGGAAUUUUGAAAUUGCCUUUAAAAUGUUCGAUCUGAACGGUGACGGCGAGGUCGACAUGGAAGAGUUUGAGCAGGUGCAGAGCAUCAUCCGUUCCCAAACCAGCAUGGGCAUGCGGCACCGGGACCGCUCCACCACCGGGAACACGCUCAAAACCGGCUUCAGCUCCGCGCUCACCACCUACUUCUUCGGGGCUGACCUCAAGGGAAAGCUCACCAUCUCCCACUUCCUCGACUUCCAGCGCAAGCUGCAGCACGAUAUUCUGAAGCUCGAGUUUGAGAGGCACGACCCGGUGGACGGGCGGAUCACGGAGCGGCAGUUCGGGAGCAUGCUGCUGGCAUACAGCGGGGUGCAGUCCAAGAAGCUCACUGUCAUGCUCAAACAGCUCAAGAAGCACUUCCAGGAUGGAGAGGGGCUGACCUUUGAGGAGGUGGAGAACUUCUUCACUUUUCUGAAGAACAUAAAUGACGUGGACACUGCUUUGAGCUUCUACCACAUGGCUGGAGCUUCUCUUGAUAAAGUGACCAUGCAGCAGGUGGCCAGGACAGUGGCCAAGGUGGAGCUCUCGGACCACGUGUGCGACGUGGUGUUCGCGCUCUUCGACUGUGACGGGAACGGGGAGCUGAGCAACAAGGAGUUUGUUGCCAUCAUGAAGCAGCGCCUGAUGAGAGGCCUGGAGAAGCCCAAGGACAUGGGCUUCACACGGCUCAUGAGGGCCAUGUGGAAGUGUGCCCAGGAGACAGCCUGGGACUUCACAGCUCCCAAGCAGCAGUAACAUUUGGGAAGAAGCAUCCCCAUUCCCUGAAUCAGCCCAUGAGUGGCACGAGGCUCUGGAGAGCUCAGGCUGGCUGAAACAGGAGGGGUUUGUCAAUAGAAAUCCACACCUGUUGUAUUUGCUUGCUGCUGGCUCAAUAUUCUUGUGUCCCAGGAACAAGGAAAGGACUUUUACUGCCACCACCUCCACGGUGUGAUGUUCUCUGCUCCAGAGCUGGACCCCAAAUCACCUUUAUUUAAUGUUAUGAAAAGAUGGCAUGGGGGUUCCUUUGAUUCUCAGACUGCUCCUCAGAAAAGCUGGGCCAUUCCUGGAUUUCCUGCAUCCCAGACCAGGAUUUCAGCCAGCCAAAAGCUCCGUGCUGCACCUGCUGCAGAAGGGCAGCUAAAAGUAAUGGAGCAACUGGUUCUCCUGCCCUUCCUGCCUUGCACAAGCAUCCUGCUUCAGGAGCUUCCUAAGUGAUUUCCUAAAUAGAGAGCCCUCUCUCUGGGGAAUUGUAGCGGGAAGGGGCUGACAGGCGUUGUUUGCCGGGUGCUGUCCUCUGUAAAAUAUCAUGCAAAAAUGUUGCUCACAGCA